UAUAAAGUGGCAUGGAAAAAAUACUCCAAUAAAGUAUAAGUACCUCAAAUCUGUACCACUGUCCACCACAAGCAAGAAGUAAAUGUUGGACAGAAAAGUCCUGUUUGGGAAUUUUUGUGGGGAAAAAAAACACAUAAGCUGGACCUUCCUCCUCAUAGCCUGGAAAGACAUCCUUAAUGGGAAACAGUAAACAGCAACAUAAACAACAUCAAAACACAUAUUUGCAGUGACGUCUAUGAGCGUGAAAGGGUGCGCGGUCCCUUUAAGAGAUACAAAACAAUCGCUCAUUUCCUGUAUGUUAGCGUUAGCAUUGAUCGACCUAAAGAAUCACAUACAUGAUAAAGAAAAUAGUUUAAAAAACACAGAAACGUGCUACAGCGUCAUGCAAAAGACAGUGAGGGUGUCGUAAAAGUACUUUUGAAUUUUUACCAUUUGCGUUUAGCGGUUUCGUUGAUAUUAUGAUGGCAGGGAGAAAAAGAAAGAUGCUAGCAGUAACAGUCGUAACAGCAGCUGAACAAACACUAAAUAAACGCAAAAACCAGACGAAUGUGACAUUAAAUGUUUCACCUAUUGAGCUGAAGAAGAAGAAGUGUGAAAAUGCUCAAAGUGCUGAGACGGAGCGAAGCCAUUAUUUCUCCAAAAACGGGCUGCAGCAGAGACUGGGAGAGGAGUUUUUCAACCAACCCUGCAUCGGUUUAGCUAAAGCAUUCCUCGGCAAGGUGUUGGUCCGCAGGUGUGCAGAUGGUGCUGAGCUGCGAGGGAGAAUAGUGGAAACUGAAGCCUACCUCGGAGGGGAGGACAAAGCCUCACACUCAGCAGGAGGCAAACGCACUGAGAGGAACACAGCCAUGUUCAUGAAGCCCGGCACAAUCUACGUGUAUCCAAUCUAUGGCAUCUACCUCUGUAUGAACGUGUCUAGUGAAGGGGAGGGUGCUGCCGUGCUGCUGCGGUCCCUCGAGCCCCUGCAGGGUCAGCCCGUCAUGAGGCAGCUGAGGGCGGCCAGACGCAAAGAGGGAGCCCGGCAACUGAAGGACAAAGAGCUCUGCAACGGACCUUCCAAGCUGUGCCAGGCUCUAAAUAUACCUCGCUGUUUUGACCGUAGAGAUCUAGCGUCAGACCCCGAGGUGUGGCUGGAGAGGGACCCAGACACAAAUCCAGCAGAACCACAGGAUAUAGUAUCUGCACCGCGCAUUGGGAUUGAGUCUCAUGGGGAGUGGGCCAAGAAGCCUUGGCGGUUUUAUCUUCGUGGGCACCCUUGUGUUAGCGUGGUGAAUAAAGAGGCAGAAAGACAGUCUCCGUCUGGAAAUGUAAUGAACAAUUUAGGUCCCUCAGAUGUGCAGUCUGACACAGGACAGCACAAUGUCAAAAUGACUUAACAGGAAUAUUUCUGAAACUACUCUGCCAUCUGUUCCCUUUGUGGACCAUUUAGGCAGUAUAAAAACUGAAGAAAGUCAAGAUGAUAGAAUAACCCCCAACAGUGGUUAAAUGCCUAUUCCAAUCUACGGUAACUAAACAAAAUGUUUAUCAUCCAUUUUGUAAACUGCAAUUUUUAUCGACUAUCUAAGGCAAUGAUAAAAAGUUAUACUGGAAAGGUUAAGUUUCAGACAGCUAGAGCUUAAUUAAUCAGUGCCUAUUAAAAAUAUAAAUUCUUAAAUGACAUUUACUCACUAAUGGGCAUUUUUUGUCAAGGUCUUCCAUCUGUGUUUUUUAAUAAACAUUCAAACUUGGGAAAGAUUCUCUGCCGAGUGACUCAGUGAUUUCACAGAUGUUUGGAUCGCUCUGCUUGAGCCUGUCUGAUGUUUGGAGUCUUCUCUUUUCUUGCCGUCUUUCGCUCCCCACCUCUGGGAUUCCUGAGGAGAGGUAGCUGGAGGUCUGGAAUGAUCAUUACUCAGUAUGCCCCUCUUUGGUCAGCACAAACGAUCUCACACAUCUGGGAGAGGGAGAUGAAGUUAUGCACUGAUUAUGAAAUA